AUGAUGCAGAGCUUACCAGAGUUAUCUCAAGGAUGGAUAUUAACCAUCAUUUCAUCGUCGCUAUGCGUUCUAGGGACUUUGAUCAUCUACUUUGAUAACAUAUACUAUUUAAUAUUUCCCAAGUUCAUUACAUCGAAAUACAAAUUCAAAUUGAAAGAAAACUACGCCUUCCUUAAUGGUUCAUUGGCACUAAGUUCAGGCUGUUUGAUUAUUACUGCACUAUACAGGCUCUUACCAGAGGCUUCGAAUUACUUGUCUAUGGUGAAUGAAGAAUCGAACAAAGUGCACUUCACCAAAAGAUGGCAACAAAUCUACUUGAUGGGUAGCUAUUUUGUUGGCAUUUUGAUUUGCACAAGCUUUAAUUUUACUUUACAUUUAUUGACCAGUGAAAGUGUGGUGCAUUGUAAUCAUGGAAGUACCGUCAAAGAAGAUGAUCGCGGUAUGCAAGAAGUUGACCACCAUAAUCAUUCACACAAUCAUCAGCAUUCGCAUGGCGGUCAUGACCCUAACGCCAGUCCAUCAAAAUCCAGUACAGCCAGUAAUGAGAAUGAAAUCAGAGACUACAUAGUGGAGCAGGCCCCUAUCGAAGUUGAGGUUCAAGAGCACGAAAACGAGACAACGCCACUCAUACGCGCAACUUUGAAACCAAGAAAGUCCAUCAUACAACUUUUCUUGAAUGAUGAAGCAGCCGGAGAAUGUAAAGGGUACACGUCUGCCGAACUUUGUACAUACCAUCACCAUGAACAUGGAGUUGACAAGUUACACUUUUGUGAGAUUCCUCAAUUGACAAAUCAUCACCAUCAUCAUGAUGAGAAUGACGAAGCAGAGCACGUGGAUGAUUGUUGUGAAGCAGCUCAUGAUGAGCCCACAUUCCAUCUGAAUCAACUGCACCAUCUGCAUGAAGUCGAUCACCACCACCAUGUCAAUUCACCACUCUCUCGGUUGUUUUUGAUUGGGAUUGAAACAACCUUGGCAAUAACUCUACACAAACUACCAGAAGGGUUCAUUACGUUUGUUACUUCAGAGACAAAUCCUAAAUUAGGAUUUUCAAUAUUCAUCAGUUUAAUAUUACACAACUUUACGGAAGGGUUUUCAAUGUGUCUUCCAUUAUACUAUGCCAUGUCAACAUCGAAACAUGCAAAGGUAAAAGCAGUUUCAAUCAGUGCUGUAUUAGGUGGGAUCUCACAACCUUUGGGAGCACUUUUGGGGUACUUGUUUCUCAAGGUCAACUCCAACAAGUAUGAUGUGCAUUCCUUAAGAUUGAUAUUUGGAGUCACCAUGGCUGUUACCAGUGGGUUUUUAACCAUUGUCGCAUUGACAAUGUUUGGAAGUGCUGUAUCUUUUGGAGGGAACAUGAACUUUGUCAUAUCAUGGUGCACCGUUGGUAUAAUGUUGAUUGGAUUGUCUAGUAUAUUCUCUAGUUAG